AUGAACCACCUUAACGAGCAAGUCCCGCAAGCGGAACAACAGCAACAUGGGGUCCCGUUCUACCGGACCCUGGGCCCUACCGAGCAAGUAGCCUUUAACCGCUUACCACCUAUCGUACAAGGCAUCAGCUUGUUCAGCAUGACGCCUAUGGAUACGAACCAUCGGGCCCUUCAGCAUGAUACGCUGAUAGCGAUGGCGAUGGCGCAGAACCCUGCCCCGACAGCCCGAGCGGAGCAGAUACACUUAGGCGUCGGGAAUAAGCUGAAAGAUAUCCCGAAGCCGGAGAAGUAUCGCGGUUCCCAGCAAGGCAAUGCUGCACGCCACUGGCUGCGUGACUGCGAACGUUAUUUCGAGACACGCGCUGAACUUACUGGGGUGGACGAACCCGAUGCUUAUAAAGUUAUCAUCGGCCGCACCCACCUUACGGAAGCAGCUUUAGUCGCCUGGCGUGGAUUCGAGGUGGCCGUGGAAAGCGGACACAUGGAGCGUAUCGCAACCAAGACUGCGGAAGCUGAUCGCUACCGAUUAUAUAUCAGCCGCUUACAACGGGGUGAUAACUUCCCGGAUUACUUCCGCAAGUUACAGGAAGCGUCGCUAAACUUACUACGCCCUGCGGACUCCUACAACUUCAUCCUCCAACUAGUGUCAGGACUCAACCAAGAACUCCGUGCCGAAUGGUAUAAACUACAGAAUCCGCCGACAGAGGUGACAGAGGUGUAUAACCGCCUAGUCGAGCUAGAACGGGGUUACAAGGAAGCAACCAACACGAGAGCAAACCGCUUCCAAACACGGGGGAGAGGCCAACAAGCAAGCCACCCUCCCUCAAACGAAGACGCAAUGGAUUUAUCACUCAUAGAGAAUAAGCCAAACUCCUUUAUGUGUUACCACUGCAAUAAACCCGGCCACUUUAAACGUGACUGCCGAAGCCUCAAGAAAGAGGGAAAAGCGGAGGGUCAGAUUCCUCGACUUACUACAGUCGAGAUGGACAGCCAACCCCCAGAGGUUAAUGACCCGUCAGAGGGUAGAAAAGAGAUUCCUCGACUUACUACAGUCGAGAUGGACAGCCAACCCCCAGAGGUUAAUGACCCGUCAGCGGGUAGAAAAGAGAUUCCUCGACUUACUACAGUCGAGAUGGACAGCCAACCCCCAGAGGUUGAUGACCCGUCAGCGGGUGAAGAAGAGACUCCUCGACUUACUACAGUCGAGAUGGAAAUCCAGCCGCCAGAGGCUGAUGCCCUGCUAGCUAGCCAGCCUAAACAGGAAGAGGAAGCCUCCAUGCGGUUAAAUUCCCUUAGGGAUGAGUUAAAUUACUUCGACGGAAAGGUUCAACGAACGGCGCUGACGCGCGCUAUCGCGGUCCCUGCCGGUGGCCCUCCCGAAUGGCGAGAGACUGCAUACCCGAGGAAGUAUGCGUCUAGAGAUCCAUCUCGGCGAGUGGGCCGGUAA